UGAAAUUCUAUCUGCCUGCAGGCUGGAUCCUUCUGACGUCUACAGCAAAACCAUCCCUAUAAGAAGAAUCAAAGCUUUAGCCUGGGACAAAAUAUCCCAUCUGAGAAAACUUGACUCAGUCCUUGAGCUUCCUUCUGCACUGAGAGAAGUCAUUGUUGAAGAACUAAUAGAUGUGAAAAGAAAAGGAUGGCCGACCAGCAGAAAUUAGACACAUUGUCGCCCUCAGACCAAACCCAGAAAGCGGAGGGGAAGAAAUUACACUUUAAUUUGAUUCGUAACUAUCCACAGAAGAACGCAGAGAUCCUCAGCAGCCAGUAUGGCUUCAAUAUCUUCCUAGCCGGGCUGUUGCUGAUGUUCGCAUGGGCCAUCCAUGCUGUUGGGAUAACAGACAGAGAUCUCCUCUCCUAUCUGAUAACACUAAUGCUCAUCCAGUUGGUCUGGAUGCUCUGGUACAUAUUUGGCAGCUACACUCAGAGGAGGACAAUUAUAGAGAAGGAUACGGAUGCUGGAGCCAGGUGGCUACGAUGUGGUAUUACACUAUUUGCAGUUAUUACUCUUAUUUUGGAUUCAUUUAAAAUUGGCCACUACAUUGGGUUCUCUGAAUGUUUAUCUAUAACAGAGGGGAUAUUUCCAGUGACUCACACAAUCCACACACUUCUACAGGUAUACUUUUUAUGGUUCCAUGCAAAAGAUGUCAUCCAGUCCUUUAAAACUCUUGAAAGGUUUGGUUUGAUCCAUGCUGUGUUUACUAACCUUCUUCUCUGGGCUAAUGGCAUACUAACGGAAUCAAAGCACCAACUGAAUGAGCACAAGGAAAGGCUCAUUACUCUUGGCUUUUCCAACAUUACCAUGGAUCACCAUACGCCAGAAUGCAACUGCACAUCAAAUGUGUGUUCCAUAUUUUCACAAGGAAUAUACUACUUAUAUCCAUUCACUAUAGAGUAUCAUAUAUUAGCCUCUACAAUGCUCUAUGUUCUGUGGAAAAAUAUUGGGCGCCAUGUAAAACACCAACAACAGCAGAAGAUUCACUUCAAGUUCCAUGGUAUAACAGCCGGCACCAUACUGGGGCUGAUAGUUCUUACAACCACCAUCGCUGUCCUGGUUGUUUAUCUCAUCCAGAUUGGACGUUCCAAAAGCAAAAGUGAACUGGCCCUCACCAUGUUUUAUUUAUUUGCGAUCACAGUGUUGACGCUCAUGUGCACAUCUGGGGUUAUUGGACUUAUCAUAUACAGAAUGGAAAAUAAGUCAUUAGAUGACACUGAAAGUCCAGCCAAGAAGUUGGACUCAGAUCUUCUGGUUGGAUCGGCAUGUGGGUCAUGGCUAAUCUCAUGGGGAUCUAUCUUGGCUAUUAUUUGUGCAGAGACCCGUCCUGAAUACUCAUGGUACAACUUACCUUAUUCCAUCUUGGUAAUUAUUGAAAAAUACAUACAGAACCUUUUCAUCAUUGAGUGCAUACACCGAAAAGAAGAAGAGCCGAUAGAUGGUCGAACUCUCGAAAGAAUCUUUUCCAUGUCCGGCAGAAGUACUUUGUCCCUGACACCUUCAUAUGAAGUUUUCAAUGAGUCUGUCACUAUCUGCAACAAGGAAUUUCCUUACAUGUCUAAUUCAGAGCUGUCUUUAGGAGAAGCCUCAGCAGAGGACAAGAAAUGUCCUGAAAACAAUAAUUCCAUUAGACUUUCUCCAUCAGCUAUUGCUAUGCAGGCAGCAAGAUCGGAGAAACUUAACAAAAAAAGAAGAAUCCUAAAGAACAUUGCAGCCUUUCUCUUCCUUUGUAAUAUUUCGCUCUGGAUCCCACCUGCCUUUGGUUGCCGUCCUCAGUAUGACAACGGCUUGGAGGAAGUCGUGUUUGGUUUUGAACCUUGGAUAACAGUAGUUAACCUUGCCAUGCCAUUCUCAAUUUUUUACCGGAUGCAUUCAGCCUCUUCGUUAUUUGAAGUCUAUUGUAAAACAUAGACUAUGCAACACAUGGAAAAGACAAUAUAACAUGUCACAUUGUUGCCCACUCCUUGUGGGUGGUGCACUUUUUGGGAAUUUUGAAUGGGACUGAAAAUGACUUUGAUUUUUCCUGGAAACAUAAAGCCACACGAAAAUCAAUUGUUUUGCACAACAUUUUUAAACAAGCAUUGUGUCAUAUACUGUAUAAUGUGUAGAAGAUAGUGGUGCUUCUAAGAUUUACCUAUUGUUACUGUCUACUUGCUUUCAUGGAGAAACAACAAGGGCAUUCAUAAUGGAGUGUACAGACAUUAAAGUGUAUUUGCCACACA